GCCUCUAACAUGCAACCAGAUGCCUAUAAUGUGCAACCACACGCAUGUAACAUGUGAGCACACGCCUCUGACAUGCGACCACACGCCUCUAACAUGCCACUAGAUGCCUCUAACAUGCAAGCACACGCCUUUAACAUGUGACCACACGUUUCUAACAUGCGACCACACGCCUCCAACAUGCGACAACAUACCUAUAAUGUGCAACCACACGCCUCUAACAUACAAACUCACGCUUCUAAUGUGGGCACACGCCUCUAACAUGCUACCACACGCCUCUAACAUGCAACCACACGGCUAUAACAUGCCACUAGAUGGCUGUAACAUGCAAGUACAUGCAUGUAACAUGCAACCAGGUGCCUCUAACAUGCGACCACAAGCCUCUAACAUGAGCACACGCCUCUAACAUGCGACCCCACAGCUAUAACGUGUGACCACACGCCUAUAAUACGUGGCCACACACCUCUAACACACGACCACACACCUCUAACAUGCGACUGCACGCCUCUAACAUGCAACCACACGCCUGUAACAUGCAACCAUAGCUUGUAACAUGCCAGCACACGCCGCUAACACGCGACCACACACCUCUAACAUGUGAGCACACACGUGUUACAUGCGACCACACGCCUCUAACAUGCAACCACAUGCCUCUAACAUGUGACCACACAUUUCUAACACGCGACCGCAUGCCUAUAACAUGCAACCACACACCUAUAAAUGCGACCACACGCCUCUAACAUGCGACCACAAGUGUAUAACAUGCAACCACACGCCUAUAACAUGAGCACACGCCUCUAACAUGCGAGCACACACGUGUUCCCCGCAGGUGAUCGCGUUCUCUCGCCGCCGUUACCGGAUCUUUGGUGAAACGCUGGACGUGGCGGUGGGGAACUGCUUGGAUCGCGUGGCUCGGCUCCUCAAGAUCUCCAAUGAUCCCAGCCCCGGUUACAACGUGGAGCAGAUGGCCAAAAGGGGGAAGCGGCUGCUGGAGCUGCCCUACGUGGUGAAGGGGAUGGACGUCUCCUUCUCCGGCCUGCUGUCACACGUCGAGGUGAGCGCUGGCCCUUUAAGAGUCGCCGGGACCCCAUAAGGACCCCCUGACCC